AUGAGCAGCAUGGCUAGCAACUACGACAUGGGGAGAUUGCACAUUGGCAAGGCCGUAGCUGGUCUGGUCGCUGUGCCCUUGUUGUUUGGUGCUCGCCCUAACCUCUUUCCUCUCCUUAUGAUUACUUUGAUAUACGGCGCCAUGAUGUUUGCGAGCAGUUAUGUUGAAGAGGAACAGCACUUCUGGUACUGGUCCACAUCGGCCUGGCUUGGCCUACUAGCCAUUAGGAGGAUGCGAAACACUCAACAACCAAUACAGACCCUUGGCUUAUUCUUGCUUGCCUUGGCUGCUACCCGAAUCAUUCGCGGAUGGAACCAGACGGGCCAGAAGCAUGCUGGUGAGCCUGAUAUCGUUAAGAGCUUUGUGAUAACUAACCCGCCCCUCCUCUGGAUACUUGUGAGCUCAACAUAUCUCUUUAUGUUUGUCCAGAUCUCCCGGAGGAUUCGCGGCGUACCCCUUAUCGUUUCGGCCUUUACAUCCGGUGCUGUCGUUCUAUCCGCUUUCGCCUUCAAGAUAGCCUUCACAAAUGAGGACGCACCGGAGCUUGUAACUGGCACCUCAGCCCUUAUCAACGCCGCCUUCCAAGGCUUCCCUCUUUCGUUGGUAACACGAGCAAGAAUUGUUUUCGUUGGCAUAGGAGCCAUCGCAAGCUACUCAGGCUACCUAGCCAUCACCAAGCCAAACGAAGCACCUCAUACUGUAAAACUCCUUCACCACCUCAUAACCCUCCUUGCGGCAACCCAAUCUCGCGUAACGAAUAUCCCUCUUCUUCUCCUUUCCAACGUCCAACUUAGCUACCUCUCUUCACUCGACCUCGAUGUUUCAACUCUAUCCACCACCUCUCUCCUGCUCCAGCACGCAUCUUUCUUUGCCUUUGGUGGCACAAACGCAAUAUCCUCUGUCGAUCUCUCCAGCGCUUACAAUGGUGUCGCCGGUUUCAACAUCGUUGCCGUCGGCGUCCUCACCUUUGUAAGCAACUGGGCGGGUCCAAUUUACUGGACAUCAGCUACGAACAUACUCCUCCUCCGACACCGUGAGAUACACAAUAGCCGCAACGUCUUCUUGCAGCACGUUGGCCACUUGACGCUGUUCACGUCAUGCAGUGCCCUCUUUGUCAUGCUCGCAUGCGAAGUCCUCAGAACCCACCUGUUUGUGUGGACCGUUUUCUCGCCCAAGUACCUGUACUGCAUGGCUUGGACUAUCGGGCAACACUUGGUUAUUAAUGUUGUGGCAUCUGGCUUGUUAUAUGCACUCGGAUCGGCAUGA